UUCCUCAUCUAGAGGUUUUGGAAAUGGAAGCUGGUGAUGGAAGGGCUUGGUACGCGAAUGAAAUGAAGAGGGGAGACACUGAUGGCAUGAGACAGGAGUUGAAAGUCGUAUUCUAGACGUAACGGGACCGAUGGAAUUGGAGCAUGCACAGCAUCUCACCCGGUUGAUGUUGCGCAGCUCUGCUGAUACUGACAGUGUUGUUCUAGACGAAAACAUUUUUGGGGGUGCAACCGGACAUCUCGAACACAUACGAACCGGCAUCUGGAACGAUUUAGAGAACACUGUCUAUUUUUUUGAAACCAAUGCAUUACACAACCUCACGGAGCUCGUUUUGGACCUUAAGUAUAACCCGGAACUGUUUGGAAGACUCCUUGCUUCAGCAGGAAUAGCGUCGUGUCCUCUCCAGCGACUCUACAUUGGUACAUCUAGACCAUGGGACAGGAAAGAGGACUUCGAGACAGCUUUUCCAAGAGCUGGAAAUGCCGACGAGCGUUUACCAAUAAUCUUUCGUUCAUUCAGUGCUUUGCAAGAACUCUACCUGCCAUGUGAUGGAAUCAGUUUUGGGCAAUUGGAUGUCCUUCCUCUUCUGCUCGGAGAGCUUCCGCAACUUAACCAUUUAUAUUUGGGUCAUUCAGGUGAUAAAGAUCAACCCCAAUGCAAAUUCGAAGACGCCGCGAGAGCAUACUCUUCUGUUAUCGGAACUACUCGCUCAAUAUCUUGGACUGGAAAAAGAACAAUACAGGUGGAGAGACACCCCGACUAUUCAGUUAAGUGCCUCAAGGCAGGAGAGUAUAGAUGCCCGCGUUGGAUCCAUUCUCAUGGAAUUGGCGAAUGGUGGGAAACCGGCAUGGUAAAAAGGUGAGAUACUCGUUCCAGACUACGGGGUGGAGCUCAAUUCAGGUUGCAUUCCAGGAACCAACUCACUGGUGUUUAAAGAUGUCCUGCCCAAAUUGCGCAUUUCCGUGGGCGUUACUGCCUGAACAUUCAGCCUCUUCAGAAGUGGCGCAUAGGGACUAAUCACGCGUCUGACGGGACCCAUCAUAUUCUUACUACUGCCUUC